AAUUGGGGAGAAAGUAGAAACGGAUAAUAGUGCACGAGAGGAGAGGUCCUCUUUUCUUCUCUUCUUCCCACAGAUAACAUUCUCAAUCUUCACUAUAUAUUAUCUCCUUUCUUCCUCCAACAUUUUCCUCUCUCUCUCUCUCUCUCUCAACUCCCCUCUCCCUUCUUCUUUCCCCACACCCACAACCCCGCUCUCCGCCAUGGCCUCACUCACGGCCACCGCUUCCGCUGCCGUCGUCGCAAAACUCGCAUACCUACCCACGCCUUCUCUACCUAACCCCGCUUCUUCAAAAUCCACUAAACUUAUUCUCUCCUCUUCUUUUACUCCUUCAUCUACUACCCUUUUCCUCCAUCCCACCACCACGACGCUCCGGGCCCUCCGCCGCUUCUCCAUUCGCGCCGCCCGUGGCAAGUUCGAGCGCAAGAAACCCCACGUUAACAUCGGCACAAUUGGCCAUGUCGACCACGGGAAGACCACACUCACAGCUGCUCUCACCAUGGCCUUAGCCUCGCUUGGGAACUCGGCCCCCAAGAAAUAUGAUGAAAUUGACGCUGCCCCUGAAGAGAGAGCUCGUGGUAUCACAAUUAAUACGGCUACGGUUGAAUACGAGACUGAGAAUCGGCAUUACGCCCACGUCGACUGCCCCGGGCACGCUGAUUAUGUUAAGAAUAUGAUUACUGGGGCUGCCCAAAUGGAUGGGGCGAUUCUUGUGGUGUCUGGAGCUGAUGGGCCUAUGCCACAGACGAAAGAACACAUUUUGUUGGCUAAACAAGUUGGAGUUCCGAAUAUGGUGGUGUUCUUGAAUAAGCAAGAUCAGGUUGAUGAUGAGGAGUUGCUUCAGCUGGUCGAAUUGGAGGUAAGGGAAUUGCUUUCCUCUUAUGAGUUUCCUGGUGAUGAUAUUCCGAUUGUGUCCGGUUCUGCUUUACUUGCUUUAGAGGCUCUGAUGGCUAACCCUGGAAUUAAGAGGGGGGAGAAUGAGUGGGUGGAUAAGAUUUAUCAGUUGAUGGAUGAGGUGGAUAGUUACAUUCCUAUUCCUCAGAGACAGACUGAUUUGCCAUUCUUGAUGGCUAUUGAAGAUGUUUUCUCGAUUACGGGUAGAGGGACAGUGGCUACUGGGAGAGUAGAAAGAGGGACUAUUAGGGUUGGUGAUACUGUGGAUCUUGUGGGGCUGAAGGAUACGAGGAGCACUACAGUAACUGGUGUGGAGAUGUUUCAGAAGACCUUGGAUGAUGCAAUGGCUGGGGACAAUGUGGGCUUGUUGUUGAGAGGUGUUCAGAAGAUUGAUAUUCAGAGAGGGAUGGUUUUGGCCAAGCCCGGAACCAUCACGCCUCACAAGAAGUUUAUGGCUAUUGUUUAUGUGUUGAAGAAGGAGGAGGGUGGAAGACAUUCUCCAUUCUUUGCUGGUUACAGGCCUCAGUUCUACAUGAGGACUACUGAUGUUACAGGUAAGGUGAACACCAUCAUGAAUGACAAGGAUGAGGAGUCAAAGAUGGUUAUGCCCGGUGAUCGUGUGAAAAUGGAGGUUGAGCUUAUUACACCAAUUGCUUGUGAGCAGGGGAUGAGAUUUGCUAUCAGAGAGGGUGGAAAGACUGUAGGUGCCGGUGUCAUUCAAUCCAUUAUCGAAUGAAGAGGCUGACAAAUAACUGAGGUUAAACUAUCCGUGGGAGCUUAUGUUUGACUUUGCAAGUUUGGUAAUCCAUCGCCCACAAGAUCUCUUAAUUGUCAUAUAUGAUGGAGGUUUUUUGAGGUUACUCUUCUUAUGCAUUACUGUAUCAGUUUAGCCUAAGAACAUUAUUGUUAUUAUUCAAUGGAAAUUUACUUUGUUUCAAUUGUUUCUGUUUGUUGCGAGCUUCUUAUCCAAAGGAUGAGAUGCAUCUCGUACAUCUCACAAUGCUCAACAUUGUCUGGAUUGGACUGAAAUUUCUCU